AUGCUUAGUUCCUCUGACAUCGGCCUGAUCCCUGUACAGCACAAAGAGGAGCCUCGCGAUUUAUCCCUUGCCGUCCAGCAAACGUCCGGCGACAGUCAGCCUACAGAUUUGUCAACUCAACUCCCAACAGACGUUACUGGGAGUGUUGAGACCAAACACUCGCCGUCGGAAGCACAGCAACAACCGCAGCACCACCAUUAUGAAACUAAAUUUUUGCCAACUGCGGUUGGCCAAAUUAAGCGGAAGCGGGGUCGUCCUCGCAAAUACACCAUGGGACCUUUCCCCUCCCAAGUCACCGGCCCUUCACGUUCAAGACUGAGUCUGCCUUCAACUUUUGCAACAGUAACCCCGAACACUUUUAUUUCAAGUGAAUCCGGCAGUCAUACAAUUUUGGAGCCUCCCAAGAAACCGCGAAUGGGGCGACCCCCAAAAUCCGCAUAUCUUUCCUCAUCAAAUGUUGCAGGAAGCCCUACCGGCAUAAAUGGAAUUGAUAACAAAGUUCCUACUCCUAAUGUUACUGUAAGUAUCGCUGCUUCCGACGAGCAUCAUGAAAUAAUGCCGACGAAGUUCCGCACUCCCUCUGCAUCAUCACUUUUCCCAAAAAUUGUCUCCUACCCAUCCCAAACUUCGCUCAUAAAUGGGCACACCAACGCAAUCAAUGGGGCGACGAGCAUUAGCUCAGCUGUGUCACUACCUCUCUCAUCACUCCCUACUUCAUCACCACCGUUAAGGGCUUCGGCGCCCGUCCUCAUGGAAUACUGCAACAAUCCCUUCAUCGGUGGAGCGAUUUCUGGUUCGACGGCGUCAGUUGUGUCCUCACCCCUUCCCUCCGCAUACAGCGGCCUUGAAGCGGGUUUGAUUGGCCGACUGUUGCCUCAGGCCGAGGCAGCGGUUUGCGCGACAAAAGCUGCUGGCCUCUCCGGCCCCCAUGUGUGGACCCCCGAAAUGGUGGGGUCGUUCAUAUCCACUCUUCCUGGGUGUCAAAACCUGGCCGCCACUUUCAUCGACAGUGAGAUUGAUGGUCCGGCCCUACUAUGUCUGGAACAGCACGACCUGAUGUCAAUACUUAAGCUCAAACUGGGCCCGGCUGUGAAGGUCUUCGGUGCGAUUCGAGCUCUCCGCCAAGCCCUGCUAUCGAUCCCCAUUCACGACUUGUCCGCAGACCAUGCCUCCGCACUAGCCGCUGUGGUCUCGUGUUUCUCGUCGCUGAAUUCGGUUUCAGCGACCCAGACCCCCUCAUCCACUAGCGGAGGGACCUUCUCCGUCAACAAACUCUCGGUCGACGGAGAAGGCCCUGGAUCUCCAUCCAAACAGACGUCAUCUGGUGUCUUUUUGAACGGUGUCUUUAAGACCAACUCGCCACCGGGUGUGGACAAGUCAAGUCAUUGUCUGUAUGCGUGGCCCGUUUUGAUGGCGACUCACCACAAUCAGGUCGCACAUCGUCUCGGCUUAAUUGUACAACCUCGGAUCAUCACCUCGGUGAUUGACAACCUAAUAAUGUUCGCGCCUGUUUUCACACGAAGCGCGGGCUGUGGGGGCCGUGCCGGUGCGAGCUCAGGCGCCUCGUCUACUUCCUCCAGCAACGCGUCGAUCGAAGGUGGCUUGGUAGAAGGUCGUAUCAGCCACACCGUGGACCGCGAUCUCACAAAACGAAAAUUAGCGAUCGGCACACCAACUCGUGCGCCUUCGCUCCUUGCGGCCUUGCGUCACGUGGUCGUCAAUCCGCUCAAAACAGUCAUUGUCCACUUUCUGUGGAAACCACAAUUCCAGUUGUUCCACUACGACAACGCCGACACUCCUCAACCCCCGACUACUCCAGAACUGAGUCCCAACACCCUCCCUUCAUCUUUUGAGAGAGACCACUUACCAGCAGAACUGGGAGAGUGCCGGCACCAAGGAAGACAAAGGGCGUUCCGCGUGGCAUCCACCCUGAAUCCCCUCUCCACAAAGCAUCCUCUCCAACCGCUUCACCUGCGUACCUUUGAAGCAAGCUCUUCUUUUGUAUUCAAUUCAUCUGUGAACAAAGCACUGUGA